CAAGUUCCGACCUCAUUGUAUUCGGAAAGCAUCGGGGAUAACAACUGCGACCUUUCGCAGACCAUGUCGAAUUGAUAUAAAUUCCUGACCUUGAAUUAUGUCCCAGGAUUAUCACAAAACUACCAUGGCAUCGAUUUUUACAACUUGACUCUACAAUGGCUAGCAUCCCCCAGACCUACAAAGCAGUUCAAUGCCCUAAACCUGGCUCUCCUUGGGAGGUCGUAACUUGUUCCAUCCGCGACCCCGGACCCAACGAGAUUCUCAUCCGUGUUCACGCAUCUGGUAUCUGUAACUCGGAUCAUUUUGUGAAAAACGGCUCAUGGCCUGGCCUACAAUACCCUAGAGUUCCAGGACAUGAAGUUGUUGGACGGAUCGCAGGAAUCGGGUCAGACAUCAAGGCGAAGGAUGGUGACUCUGGGCGCUUCAAACUCAACGGCUUGGCAGGCAUCGGCUGGAACGGCGGAUUUUGUAAUCGUCGCGACAAUUGCCGCCAGGGCGAGUUCUGGACAUGUAAGCAUGCCGCCUACACUGGAUUUAGUCAUGAUGGAGGCUACGCCGAGUACGUGUACGAGGGUGUGAUGAAGAAUACAGCGAGGUUCAGGAAUGUUGUUGUCUUCCUUUAGAUGAGUGCUGUAGUGGUGAAUGCUAUCCCAACCUAUCCC